UUGGUCAUAGCAUUAAAGACACGAAUAGAGAGGAUUUCUCACCCAUCACUAAGACAAAAAAAUCUUAAUAAGCUUUACGACAUGCUGAUUAACAACUCAUACCCAAGUAGGUUAACUAAAAAAUUGUUAUAUAGCACGACCCCACUAAGAGCUCCAAACCCGCGGAACACGGUCGUCCACUCAGAUAGCCCAGAAAUGGACGAUCUGAGAUGUUUUUAUUUUUCAUUGCCAUACAUUAAAGAAUUAACGACCACACUCACAAAAAUUCUGAGAGCACAAACAAAUAUUAAGAUAGCAUAUAAACAAACAAAAACAUUGGGGAGUGUCUUUAGCAAACUAAAAGAUAAGGAUGAGGUACAAAAGAAUUCAGAAGUAAUUUAUAGCAUCCCCUGUAAUCAGUGUGAUCAGGUAUACAUAGGACAGACAUCGCGAGUACUUAAGGAUAGAAUUACGUCACACAAGAGUGAUUGCAGACUUAAUAAGAACACCUGUUCAUUAGCAACACACUCUAACCAAAUGGAUCACGAUGUUAACUUUGUUGAAACAAAAAUUCUCCAUAAAGAAAGCAACUACAACAAAAGAGCAAUUUUGGAAAUGGUGGAGAUCUUCUUGGAACCGAAAUCGGUCAAUAAAAGAUCUGACAUUGAUGGCCUCAGUGUGAUCUACUCUAAUGUCUUAACUUUACAACCAACCGUCAAUCGAAUUGCGUUUGCUGAUAAUAGUGUCGUCACAAUGUAAUUAUAAUUUAGAAAAAUAGUCCCAAGCCUCUAUACAUUAGGUGCCUUGUAAACAAAAAGGAGGUAACAAAAGGAAAAAAAGAAGGGAAAAAAACUGGACGGCUGGCGGUAGUCAUAUUAAUAAAACCUUUCCAUCAUUUGCGUUUUGCGUUUGAAGUAAAAUUCGUUUAAAUAAAAUGUAACAACAAUUUCGUCUAGAUGGCUGCCCUCGGUUAUAAUAAUUAACGGUCGUAUUUGAUUCUUUCUGUUAUCCGGAUGAGUUUGGUGUUGGCCUAUAAUGGCACUGUAGCAGUAAGUACUUUAACUAGAAGACUUUAGUAUUAAAUAACUAAGAGCCGCUUUCAUAUUGUAGCCCCUGAAGAAGAAAAUAAACAUUUUCGAAAGCUUGGUGUAGCACAAAAGCCUUUUAUUUGAGCCCUCAUCAGGACCGAUACCCCAAUUAACUAAAAUUUGUUGUUCAACUAGCCGGUCACGACUACCGUUUUGUGUAUUUUACAGGAAUGGGGUUUUUCCAAUCAAUAAAAGCUCGAUAUGGAAACGAAGCAGUUUCACUACUCAAACAAUGGGCCAGGCUCGGCAGCAAACUAUCAUCGUUUGGAAACAGGAAGAUAUUCUUACUCAAAUGCAGACAGACAGGGAUCAUACCGAGACACAUUACAGACGGGACCAGAAAUUUGGGCAUGCUUUUGGAUUUGACCGAUGGACAUAUGGGGGACCGCAUUCGGGAUUUCAAUACCAGGAAUGGGGUUUUUCCAAUCAAUAAAAGCUCGAUAUGGAAACGAAGCAGUUUCACUACUCAAACAAUGGGCCAGGCUCGGCAGCAAACUAUCAUCGUUUGGAAACAGGAAGAUAUUCUUACUCAAAUGCAGACAGACAGGGAUCAUACCGAGACACAUUACAGACGGGACCAGAAAUUUGGGCAUGCUUUUGGAUUUGACCGAUGGACAUAUGGGGGACCGCAUUCGGGAUUUCAAUACCAGGUUGAAUAACAAAUUAAUUAAUUUAGAAAUAUCACUCACUAUUUCAACUAUCAAUCGUAUAGAAAAAUCACUGAAACAAGUAAGAGAGAAAGUUUUGACAUUGAUUCCGGGGAAUGUUGUUGACGAAUUUGGUAAAAGACAACAAGGGUCAUGUGAUAAAAAAUUCAAAACCAUCAAAAAAAAGAACAUAAACAAAUUUCAAAACUUGAAGUCGCAACAGCAUCACUUAACAAUCAAAACACAAGAUAAUUGGGUUAAGAAUAUUUCAGAGGUUGAGGUCCCGGAUGAUGUCUUGAGGUUUCUCUCUUUAGGUUCGAAAUUUUCCGUGCCACCAAGAUGCAAUGAAAUCUCAGUCAAACGUUUAAUUGCUGAUGUAGAAACUAUAAUUAAAGUUGUACCAGAGAACGCAAAAAAUACUGUAAGAGCUAAGUUUACUAAUGUAUUGACUAAUUUUUUAAAACAACCGGCAAAGCGUAGCUAUAUAGACAUUUUGUUAAAAAAGACAAAAAAAUUUUUUAAGGAUCACGCUGAGUUGGUCGUUUCUAGGGCCGAUAAAGGGAAUGUGACAGUUAUUAUGUCUAAAGAUACAUACAUUCAAAAAUCAAACGAAAUUCUGAUGGAUCGGACCUAUUACGAGCGUCUCAGAUGUGAUCCUACAUCUACUUACCAACAAAAAGCUAACAAACUUGUCAAAUCAUUAAAAGAUCAAAAACAAUUAACAAAUGAGGUAGCCAAAACUUUAAAUAUAUAUAAUCAAACUUGUCCUAAAUUUUAUGGCUUACCCAAAAUACAUAAACCCCAAUUGUCCUUAAGACCGAUAAUUUCAUCAAUUAAUGCUCCGAACAGUAAACUGGCUUCAUUGUUGACUCAGGUUUUAACCAAAGCAUAUAAUAAGAAUAAUGAUUAUUUCACAGGUGAUUCAUUUGAGUUUUCUUCAUUUAUCAAUGACAAACAAUUACCUAAUAAGUAUGUUCUUGUGAGCUUGGAUGUCGUCUCUUUAUUUAGUAAUAUUCCAUAUAAUUUGGUAGAAAAAAGUAUAAAAAAACAUUGGAACAGAAUUAGAAACCACACUGAUUUGUCACAAAUUAGUUUCCUAAAGAUACUUCAGUUUGUAUUUGAUACAACGUAUUUUAGAUUUAACAAUGAAUUUUACAAACAAAAAUUAGGUACACCGAUGGGUGCCAUCAUUUCUCCAAUAUUAGCUCAAUACGUUAUGGAUGACCUACUUGAGGUGUGCGUAGAUAAGCUGUCGUUUCAGUUACCAUUUCUGAAAAAAUAUGUGGAUGAUAUAAUUACUUCCAUACCUGAAAGUUGCGUGAGGGAAACUCUCACAGUGUUUAACAGCUAUGAUGCACACAUACAAUUUACAGUAGAGGAGGAAAUUGAUAAAAGCGUACCAUUUCUGGACACUAAAGUGAUCCGGAACAACGAUAACAAAAUUAUAUUAGAUUGGUACAUAAAACCGACCAGUUCGGGGAGAUAUAUGAAUUUCCACUCUUACCAUACAACGAAAACAAAAAUAAAUUUGGUCAUAGCAUUAAAGACACGAAUAGAGAGGAUUUCUCACCCAUCACUAAGACAAAAAAAUCUUAAUAAGCUUUACGACAUGCUGAUUAACAACUCAUACCCAAGUAGGUUAACUAAAAAAUUGUUAUAUAGCACGACCCCACUAAGAGCUCCAAACCCGCGGAACACGGUCGUCCACUCAGAUAGCCCAGAAAUGGACGAUCUGAGAUGUUUUUAUUUUUCAUUGCCAUACAUUAAAGAAUUAACGACCACACUCACAAAAAUUCUGAGAGCACAAACAAAUAUUAAGAUAGCAUAUAAACAAACAAAAACAUUGGGGAGUGUCUUUAGCAAACUAAAAGAUAAGGAUGAGGUACAAAAGAAUUCAGAAGUAAUUUAUAGCAUCCCCUGUAAUCAGUGUGAUCAGGUAUACAUAGGACAGACAUCGCGAGUACUUAAGGAUAGAAUUACGUCACACAAGAGUGAUUGCAGACUUAAUAAGAACACCUGUUCAUUAGCAACACACUCUAACCAAAUGGAUCACGAUGUUAACUUUGUUGAAACAAAAAUUCUCCAUAAAGAAAGCAACUACAACAAAAGAGCAAUUUUGGAAAUGGUGGAGAUCUUCUUGGAACCGAAAUCGGUCAAUAAAAGAUCUGACAUUGAUGGCCUCAGUGUGAUCUACUCUAAUGUCUUAACUUUACAACCAACCGUCAAUCGAAUUGCGUUUGCUGAUAAUAGUGUCGUCACAAUGUAAUUAUAAUUUAGAAAAAUAGUCCCAAGCCUCUAUACAUUAGGUGCCUUGUAAACAAAAAGGAGGUAACAAAAGGAAAAAAAGAAGGGAAAAAAACUGGACGGCUGGCGGUAGUCAUAUUAAUAAAACCUUUCCAUCAUUUGCGUUUUGCGUUUGAAGUAAAAUUCGUUUAAAUAAAAUGUAACAACAAUUUCGUCUAGAUGGCUGCCCUCGGUUAUAAUAAUUAACGGUCGUAUUUGAUUCUUUCUGUUAUCCGGAUGAGUUUGGUGUUGGCCUAUAAUGGCACUGUAGCAGUAAGUACUUUAACUAGAAGACUUUAGUAUUAAAUAACUAAGAGCCGCUUUCAUAUUGUAGCCCCUGAAGAAGAAAAUAAACAUUUUCGAAAGCUUGGUGUAGCACAAAAGCCUUUUAUUUGAGCCCUCAUCAGGACCGAUACCCCAAUUAACUAAAAUUUGUUGUUCAACUAGCCGGUCACGACUACCGUUUUGUGUAUUUUACAGGAAUGGGGUUUUUCCAAUCAAUAAAAGCUCGAUAUGGAAACGAAGCAGUUUCACUACUCAAACAAUGGGCCAGGCUCGGCAGCAAACUAUCAUCGUUUGGAAACAGGAAGAUAUUCUUACUCAAAUGCAGACAGACAGGGAUCAUACCGAGACACAUUACAGACGGGACCAGAAAUUUGGGCAUGCUUUUGGAUUUGACCGAUGGACAUAUGGGGGACCGCAUUCGGGAUUUCAAUACCAGGUUGAAUAACAAAUUAAUUAAUUUAGAAAUAUCACUCACUAUUUCAACUAUCAAUCGUAUAGAAAAAUCACUGAAACAAGUAAGAGAGAAAGUUUUGACAUUGAUUCCGGGGGAUGUUGUUGACGAAUUUGGUAAAAGACAACAAGGGUCAUGUGAUAAAAAAUUCAAAACCAUCAAAAAAAAGAACAUAAACAAAUUUCAAAACUUGAAGUCGCAACAGCAUCACUUAACAAUCAAAACACAAGAUAAUUGGGUUAAGAAUAUUUCAGAGGUUGAGGUCCCGGAUGAUGUCUUGAGGUUUCUCUCUUUAGGUUCGAAAUUUUCCGUGCCACCAAGAUGCAAUGAAAUCUCAGUCAAACGUUUAAUUGCUGAUGUAGAAACUAUAAUUAAAGUUGUACCAGAGAACGCAAAAAAUACUGUAAGAGCUAAGUUUACUAAUGUAUUGACUAAUUUUUUAAAACAACCGGCAAAGCGUAGCUAUAUAGACAUUUUGUUAAAAAAGACAAAAAAAUUUUUUAAGGAUCACGCUGAGUUGGUCGUUUCUAGGGCCGAUAAAGGGAAUGUGACAGUUAUUAUGUCUAAAGAUACAUACAUUCAAAAAUCAAACGAAAUUCUGAUGGAUCGGACCUAUUACGAGCGUCUCAGAUGUGAUCCUACAUCUACUUACCAACAAAAAGCUAACAAACUUGUCAAAUCAUUAAAAGAUCAAAAACAAUUAACAAAUGAGGUAGCCAAAACUUUAAAUAUAUAUAAUCAAACUUGUCCUAAAUUUUAUGGCUUACCCAAAAUACAUAAACCCCAAUUGUCCUUAAGACCGAUAAUUUCAUCAAUUAAUGCUCCGAACAGUAAACUGGCUUCAUUGUUGACUCAGGUUUUAACCAAAGCAUAUAAUAAGAAUAAUGAUUAUUUCACAGGUGAUUCAUUUGAGUUUUCUUCAUUUAUCAAUGACAAACAAUUACCUAAUAAGUAUGUUCUUGUGAGCUUGGAUGUCGUCUCUUUAUUUAGUAAUAUUCCAUAUAAUUUGGUAGAAAAAAGUAUAAAAAAACAUUGGAACAGAAUUAGAAACCACACUGAUUUGUCACAAAUUAGUUUCCUAAAGAUACUUCAGUUUGUAUUUGAUACAACGUAUUUUAGAUUUAACAAUGAAUUUUACAAACAAAAAUUAGGUACACCGAUGGGUGCCAUCAUUUCUCCAAUAUUAGCUCAAUACGUUAUGGAUGACCUACUUGAGGUGUGCGUAGAUAAGCUGUCGUUUCAGUUACCAUUUCUGAAAAAAUAUGUGGAUGAUAUAAUUACUUCCAUACCUGAAAGUUGCG